CGCAAUUUGGUCACAGACAUAAUUUCCUCGAAAACUGGGUACAUUGUAAUAUUUCGUCGGAAAAACGUCGCAAAAUCUAAUUUUUAAUCGCCGAGUAAGAUGUUUGCGUCUUCUCAGAAUCUCCGUGAGUUGAAGGAAAAUGAUUCGCGGCGGAAGAAACAACAUUACUUCCGCUCCGGCGUUUUCGAAAGACGCAAAGAAGCUUCUUUUAUGCACAGCCAACACCGUCUCUGUUUACAGCGUCGCCACUGGCUUAAAGAUUACUUCACUCGAGGAUCAUACAGCGCCUGUGACGUCUGUGAUUGUUGAUCCGUCUUCCGACGAAACCGUCAGUUACUGUUGGACUUCGUCGCUCGAUGGGAAAAUUCGGAUUUGGGAGUUCUCUGCGCCGAAGCUUUUGAAGAUAUUUGAUACCCACCUUCCAAUUCACUCUCUGGUGAUGAUUCCAGCUCAAGUGUCACAUUCCGUGAUUGCUUAUGUUUCGGUUGAGGACUAUUCAAGUGUGUCCAAAGAUUUGUUUGGACAAAUCCGGAGAUAUGAUCUCACUCAAGACCCUCUUCAUAGUGGAGACACUUUGAAAGAGAUGGAAGAACCAAAACCUAUUGUUUUAAGUCCCUCUGGAGAGUUUUUCGGCGUCUGUCAUAACUGCAGUAUACAUAUAUGGAAUGUGGCAUCAGAGCACCUCAUGCCAAAGGAGACGACAUUACAUCAUACAGAGUUGAUUACUGUUUUUGCUUUCCAUCCCAAUCAGAGAAUAUUAGCAGCCGGUGAUGUAACAGGAAGAGUGUUAAUUUGGAAGGAUAAUGGUAUUGGAGAAUUUACUUCAGUGAAAACUGAAGAUGAUACUGAAUCUUGCACUACUUUCAACUGGCACAGCGCUGAAGUAACCGUCCUUAAUUUCUCUUCAGAUGGAGCACUUUUGUAUUCUGGGGUAAAGGCAGGUGAUUUUGUUGUUUGGGAGCUAGGUACAGGGAAGAAGCAACUUUUGCCAAAGAUUGGAUCUCCCUUGUUGUAUUUCAUCUUCUCUUCAGAUUCAACUCUUUCUUCUGUGAUUUGUGCAGAUAAUCAAAUUCAUCUUCUUAAAAUGCCUUCCAUGGAGAUAUUGAGAACGAUAUCUGGAAUCAAGCCUCCGACACCAGAGCGUCACGGGUUUAUAUGCUACGUCAAAACGCGGGAUAUAUGCCUCACCAGAACUGUAUCCAUUGAUCGUUCUUCCGGUAUAGCUGCUUUCUGCACAGCGAAUCAUCGUGUUCAACUCUACAACCUUUUAAGUGACCAUGACAUUUCAGAGGUUCAAAUUUGCGAUCAUCAUCCAGACGAUGAUGAUCAAGUCCGGGUUCUCGUGACUGCGGUUGCUCUCUCUCGGAAUGGCUCAGUAAUGACUACAGCUGAGGCCAGAUUUGCUGCAAGCAAUUUCAGUGAAGGCAUAGUUUCUCUCAAGUUUUGGGUAUUUGUACCGGACAGCAAAACUUUCAGCUUAUCGACAGUCAUAAAUCAACCUCACAGGGAAGCUGCAAUUACAGCCAUUGCCCUUAACCCCGCCCGUUCCAUGGCUGUUAGUAUAUCUUCUGCUGGGGACUUCAAGAUUUGGGUUUGCAGUAGCGACAAGAAUCUGACACCUGAGGACUCAAACUGGAUUUGUCAUGGAGUUGGCUCUUAUAAGAGAACGCCAAUAACAGCUGCUGUUUUUUCCGGGGAUGGUUCUUGUCUGGCUCUUGCGGCUAAAACAGUUAUUACGAUCUGGCACCCGUUAAAGAACGAACUCCUGUAUGUAGUUGGAAAGGCAAAUGCGCCAAUUAUGGAACUCUCAUUCACUGGAGGAGGCUUCCUUAUUGCUGCAUCCCAUGGUUCCACACCGCACUUAUCUGUCUGGGAUCUGAUGACGUUCUGCUUAUCAUGGUCAUAUAGAUUAUACAUAGAAGCCAUUGCUACUGAAGUGGACUCACCAUACUUUGCAGUUUUAACAUGGCUUCCAGAAUCUGAUAGGUUGGUAAAAUCUAACGAACAGAUAUUCCGCGGGAAAGAUGGUGCUAUCCUCUUGUUUGAUGGGUCAGGCCCUAAACCAGUAGCUAUUUGGACUGUAAUGAAGGCCAGAGGAGGAACACUUUCAUUUGUGGAAGAUGGUAAAAAGUCUCAGCCGCUUCUCGCGUAUGUAAACAGGAGCCAUGAAUAUGUUCUAUUUGAUCCUUAUAGCGAUGAAAAACUCGAGACUAGCGCCAUAGAUUAUGAAGUUUUUCUUGCAGCAAUAAGCAAAAAGAAGAAGAGAUCUAGGAAGAAAGCAUUGAUGUCAGAGAAACCUUGGGAAACAAUGUUUUGUGGAUCAACACUCAAUUUCCCGCCUUUCCCCGACUUGUGCGCUUCGUUCUUCAGUUCCCGGAUGCAGAAAGAGGUGUGUGAGAGAGCAGAUAGACAACCUGAAAGACAUAGCUCUUGA